GAAUCUUGGAGCUGGUGCUUAUAUUCAUCGUAUUAAGUGGGAAUCAAAGUCCAGGCUUACCUGCAAAGAGGAGAAGAACAGAAGGGCUUUGAUAACAAUGGAUUCGCAUUCCUGAGGUGUUACAGCAGACAUAUUCUGGGAGAUAAUACAUUUGAGAUCGAAUAUAGGUUGCUAAUAUUUACAGUUACUCUUGUUUUUGUCCAGAAAGCCAUAGUAACAAGUUCAGAGUGGGCAAAAACACCUGCCCGUAUGGGUCGAACCAAGAUAUUAUUGGGUGUCAGCCUUUGAAAAUACCCUACAAAAUAUAUUCUACGUUUUUCUACGACUAUCUUUAUUAAUCUAUCUUCUUUGAAGGUUUAAUCUGUUGAAAAUGAUUAAAUAAUGUUAUUUUAGUAGACAAUUUAUCAAGCUAUCAGCACAAUGAGAAUCUUUAAAACUUUUGCGAGGAAUAUUAUUUAGUUUACUCAAAUUAAGAUUUGCCACAGAGUGUUAAAAAUCAAGAAAAUUGUAGAAUAAAUUAUCAGAGCCUUAGCAUAUUUGAGCCAUCGAUAAGCGAGCGAGAACCACGGCCCGAUCAGAGGGAAAAGCAAAACAAAGGUUUGUAAAACAAGUUUGUGUGGCAGUAACCUCCAACACGGCUGGACAGAUGGAAAUGCAAAUGAGUCCGAACCAGGUCGAAAGAAUCGGACAGCCUCGGUCCGUCCAUUUUUCAGUCUGAAAAUGUGCGGCAAUCCGAACACGCGUCUGCUUUCUCGGCUGGUCAUCGACUUCCUGAUCCUCCUGGGGAUAUAUGGAGCAGCUCUGGUGGUUUUGCCCCAGCAGCUGUCCACGGCCCAAAGGGGAUUUCACUGCAGCGAUGCCAGCCUGAAGUAUCCGUAUCGCCAGCCCUGGCUGACCAAGGUGCACCUGACUAUCGGAGUGGUGGCCCUGCCCGCGGCUUUCGUGCUCGUGGUGGAGAUGCUUAGGGCCGCCGUGGUGCCCAGAUCUGCGGAGCUAAAGCAGCGCUUCGUCUUCGUUGGCGUCCGCAUCCCCAGCUUCAUAAGCGAGUGUUACAAGGCCGUGGGCGUGUACCUCUUUGGUCUGGGACUGACCUUGUUGGCCAUACGGUUGACUAAGCACUCGACUGGUCGGCUGAGGCCCUACUUCUUUGACGUCUGCCAGCCCAGGUGGGGCGAGGAGGGAGGCGAAAGCUGCUCCGGUCUGCCUGUGGAAAACUCCACGCGGUACUUCGAGGACUUCAGUUGCACAGAGUUCGCCGCUUCAGAGGACUUGCUUGGGAUAGUGCGCCACUCCUUCCCCAGCGGAUUUGUGUCCAGCUCCAGCUACGCCAUGGGCUUCCUGGUUCUCUAUUCCCAGGCUAGGCUCUUCGCUCCUUGGCUGCGAUUAGUUCGAUCCACUCUGCAACUGGCCUGUGGCUCGCUGGCCCUGGUGGUCUGCUGGGAGCGCAUCUCGACCUACCAGAAUCACCUGACGGACGUGGCGGCGGGUGCUGCUCUCGGCGGGGUAAUGGCCCUCUUCGCCACGGUCCUCGUAGGCCGCCUUUUCGAGGAGGUGCGCGUGAAGCGGCGUCAGUGGCCAAGAAACGAACAGAUUUACGGCUACGCGGGGUACUACAACAGAGCCACUUAUGGCUACUGAUCGGCGAUGGGUUGGCUUUACUAGAAUUAGCUUUGGUAAUAAAACGAUUUUAAUUUAUUAACGCAA